UCCUGGAAAACUGUACAGGCCACAUUACAUUACUUCACUUCUUCUAACUAUUUUUCAUAUUCCCUACCACUUUCAUAUUCUUUCUUCCACAAUUUCGGCACUGGUUUCAGUAUUCAGCUUAUUUAUGUGGAACACAUUGUUUAGACACUGCAGUAAUGUAGUACGGACUCGGCAUCUAUUUACUUCUAAACAGGUCGACUGCGCACACGCGUGCUUGUCGGCGGUCAUCUCUGCAGGUGGCAAGAUUAUUACUCAUAGGAAAGAGACGAGAAGAAAGCUUUCGUCCUCUUAUACCAAUUAUCUAAAUAGAAUGUCACAAAUCGCAAUCGAUUCAGUGUAACGUGCUUCCUCAAAUACAACUUAAAAAUUUUCGAAUUAACUUACUCUUGGGUAUUUGAGGACAUAUUUACGGAUAAACGGGACAUUUUGAACUUUCUAUACAUUUUUAUUCAAAAUUGUUAGAUACAUCAUCCCGAGAAUGUUUUUGUAUAAACUUGAAGCUGAGAUUCUAAACUAUCAACAAGUCUGAGAAUAUUGAAAUAAUAAUCAACCGAGAAUGAAGAUAGUGUUUAUGAUCUCGUUUUUCAAAACGUAGUUUAUAUAAAACCAAGGAGUAGUGUACCUAACCUAACCUAACUUAACCUGAACAAGAAGUAGUGUAUGUGUUAUAUACAUGAAAAUAUUGAUAAUAACACGAACGAAAAAUCUCUGUUGGAUUUGCUUGUUUAUAUGGCGAGUGAUGGAAUACAUUCAUUGAAAAUUAUGCUAUCUUACCCGAGUAGAAAAUAAAGAUCUCAGCCAUCAUGAUGCAUUUUGAUUUUUUGGAAACGAAGUAGUUUUUCAAGAGUUAAAUCAGUUUUCAUGUGCGCCUGGAACGUAAAUGGGCUUGAAUUCGCACUGGCGGGAAUUUGCCAGCGGAUGCUCUGGCUUUCGGCGUUGACGGAGAUUUACUCAGAAAUAGUGGUUCCAACGACAAAAUGAAUGUGAAUCUUUUUUGUAGAAAAUUUUGUGCUCUACAUUUUUAGUUCACACUGUCAUUUUCGAAUUUCUCAUAGUUUUCGAGUUAUUCGCUUUUCAAAAUUUUUUUGAGUUUGAAAGUUCCAAAAUUUCGAAAAUCCGUGAACGUAAUUUUGAGUCGCUAGGUUUAUUCAGUAACCCAAAAACCGCUAAGAAUCGAGAAAAUCAGAAGCGCCCAAUUCAAUUUCGGACCUCCUAUUUUACCUGUACUAUGUUUUUCAAAACCGUUCGUUGCAUUGAGUUGUGAACAGAGAACUUGACUUUAUCUUUUUUGUUCUCUGUCACAAAUGAGGAUGUUUUGCGUUUCGCAAAUAUAAAAACUGGCUUCGACAUUUUAUCAGGAAUAUAAAAUUGCACUCCUCACGUGUAAACUUUAUGUAAUGUUUCAUUAUUCCUAUUUUAUUUUUAUUACGUUCUUACAUAUUAAACUGGAUAUAUUUUCUUGUUUUGCAAGAAACCUUAGAAUAUUUAGAUGAUAUAGAUUCGUCAUCUAUGAUAUAUCAUAUGAAGAAUGACAGUAAGGGAUAAAGAUGCCGGUAAACAGCACAAAAGAACGGCUGUCAACAUAUUUCUUGGAUAAUACCAGGCCAGUUAUAAAAUUGUAUUAGUUGUUGAAUCGAUCAAACUAGAUUUUUUUGGAUAAUGAAGAUUCUGUUAAAGAUCAAAUUUUGCCUGACGUUACAGAAAGUUUUUUAAUAUCAUUCAGAAUGCUGUAUAAGAGAAAGCCUUGAACGUAUUAUUAUGAUGUAGAUACUUCAAAAAUGGCAGAUAAAACCUCGUACCCCUUAUAAUAAUACGGUGAGGUGACGACGAUGUCCAAAUCAUAUGCUGAAACCUGUUCUGUUAAUAAGAUAUACAUUUUGUAAGACUGUAGACAAUUUUUUAAUUAUCUCCAUCAAUUAAUUUAAUCUCGGAAAAGUUUUUCGAUGACAACCAAUAUAACAUAUUUGUAACUAAUUUGAAAAAUAUGCAGUUUUUGUAUGUGAAACUAAAUUCAAAUGUUACAAUCGAUAAGAUUAAUGUACCCAUCUCUAUAUAAAGUGUUGACGACUCACAAAAUUUAUUGGAAUAUCAAUUUGCAGGAUCAGGUUUCAGCAACUAUCUUAGUUUUUUGAUUUCGAAUGCAGUAAAAAAUGACAGAAAAUGAUGAGAUGUAGAAGCUGUGCACCAUAACAAAUCAUCUAAAAGCCAAUAUAAUCAGGAAAAUUCACACUUGUCAGAUUAUUAUAGCAUAUUACUUAUUUUAACUGACAUUGAGCUAUAACAUCUGGUCUUGGUGCUCUCCGUCAAGAUAUGCAUUUACAGUUAUUUAAGAGACCUAAUGAUCUAACAAAGGUUAUUAAAUAAGUUUUGCAAAACGUACUGCCCGAUUAAUAAUUUUAAGACCUGAUAUUCAGAAGCUUCCAUUUUUUUAAUUAUGAUAACCUAUUUACCAGGUUUCCACUAUUAGCCUAAUUGUCAUCAUGAGGAUACGAAAACUAUUCAGAAAAUAGAUUUCCACUGUAUUGUACACUGCGUAAAAAUUAUUUAGAAAAAGUAACAAAAUCUUGCAGAAACGUAUUGAUUUGAAAAAAUGGGUUAUCAAUUCCAUUGUUUGUGUUGUAUCAGCAACAUGUCAAGAAUAUAAAAAUGCCCUUUAGGGUAAACGUCAUGUAAUGUUCUAUUAUUCUUAUUUUAUUUAUACGACGUACUUACAUAUAAAACUUGGCAUAUUUUCUUGCCUUCUCAUUUUUUAAAUAUAAGAAAGUAACAUGACACAUAUAAAUAUUUGGUAUUCAUGAUCACACUGGUCAACUUCUCUUUUCAUAACCCACCUCUACUUUAUAUUCGGACUUUCAGAGAAAUCUCUUUAUACUAUAUCUAGAAAUCUUAUAUGAUGCUUGUGAUGUGACUUUAGGAUAUACCCAUACAUAAAGGAAUUUCCGAAGAUACAAGGUCACGGUUAAACAUAUCGAUAUUUUCAGAGUGCAGGCAACAGUUAUGUGUUGUUUUUAAGUGAAUCAGUUACAUAAAAUGGCUACACUUAGUUUGAUAUUUUCAGUAUUAGGGGCUUGGAUGGUAUUUCUACUGUUAGGAUUCACAAAAUUAUCUUUCUUCUCAAAACCAGGCUGCGAUUAUACUGACCAAUAUUGUAAAUUUUUAAUACAAGCGCAAUCAAUUCCCGUUGGGGAAAUAUUUGGAGCAUUUCUGUUUUGUUUUUUAGCAGAAAUUUUUGGUAGAAAAUAUAUUGUGUUGACUCUUUUCAUACCCAUAAUCGUUUAUUCAGCGCUGAUUGAGUUCAGUUACGAUUCAAAGAAUUUUAUUUUCGCAAGUUAUGCAAGAGCUAUUUCUUAUGGUGGAGCUUUAACUAUUUUGCCCGUAUAUCUUGGCGAAAUUUCUGAGAAGCAAUCAAGAGGAAAAAUAAUUUCAUCUGUGUUUGCAUUACAUAUUAUAGGAAAAUAUUUACAAGCUGUAACUAAAUCCAUUUUCACUGUAGCUGGUAUUUCUAUGGUGCAUUAUGGGUCAAUAGUUUUAAGUAUUCUCACUGGUAUUGUUUUUGCUGUAUUUACUCGUGAUACUCCGAGUUUCUUUAUCCAACGAAAACAACCUCAACAAGCUAAAGAAAGCUUGAGAGACAUCAGGAAUGCAAAUGUAGAUAUUGAUAACGAACUUGAACAGCUAAUGGGAAAGAGAGUUAGUACAGAAAAUAUUGAAGGUACCGUUAUGCUUUGUUUGGAAUCUAAUGGAUGUCUCAAAGCGUUUAUAAUCAUGAUGAGUCUAUUAGGGUUCAAGAUUCUUACCGGAGAUUAUACUCUCCUUUUGUUCAUUGCAUCACCUUUCAACACUACUCAACAUUUGAGUUAUGUAUAUAUUUUAAUAGGAGUCACUCUUUGUGGAAGCAGUAUAUUGUGUUCCGUUUUAGUGGAUAAAAUUGGAAGAUUGAAUUGUCUCCUUAUCUCUUUCGUAAUAAUGUUUGUAGAUCAAUUAGUAUUGAUUAUACUUGUAGCUGUUGGUACUCCAAUCAAUGAGUUCUUGGUGAUAAUACUUAUCAUUGUUUUUUUCUUUGCAUAUUAUAUAGGCAUUGGACCUAUUCCAUUAGUUUUGGUUGGAGAACUUUUUCCGAUGAAAUUUAAAAUGAUUUUAUCGGCUACAGUUACAUCAUUUUUCUUUGGUCUUGAAUUCCUUGCAUGGAUUUGUCUAUAUUUUAAGUUAGAAAUGAAUAUAAUGUUAAUAGGGAGUAUAACUUUUUGUCUCAUUGCAACUUUUACUGUCAAAUUAUUUUAUUUUGAAACAAAAGGCAAGAGCUUAAAUGAAAUCCAAUUACGACUUAAUAAAAAAUGAGUUUAUGAGAAUUUUUCUUCAAAAUA